AUGGACGUCGAUUCGCCUGUUCGUCCACCGACACCUCCGAAACCCAAGCCGGCGGCUGCUGGUUCGUCCCGCCCUAAGUCCCCGCCUCCACGGGCAGCAUCUCCCGCGCGCAGUGUCACUCCCCCACCACCGGAAGAUGGGCGGAUCCCAACCGUUAUUCGUGCUUUAAUCGACCGCAAACCGUUUGACAUCGUUACGUUUCUCAACGAAACGGAAGUUUGUGGCCUCACCCUCGCGGACCUCUUGCAAUGGAGCCCCGCGCUUCGGGAGAAGUUACGCGAUGCCAUGAAACUGGUGCCCAAGCCUCGUCGUGCAGCUUUAUGUUUUCGUGAACCGCUAUUAGGUGCCUGGCAUCCCGACGUCGAUCCUCCCGGUGAUCCCCAAGAUCUCGACAGUCGUAUCGACUUUCAUCUCAAGAAACUGAAGAUCAAUGUUUCCGAAACCGGGACGCAUUUCGUCAAUGCACCGGUGCAAGGGGUUAUGACCAAGUGCUAUUUCGAUAGCGGUUGUUGUCUGCUCGCCAUCAGCGCCAAGAUUCGCCAGAAGAACCAUUGGCGCCUAUCCCAAGUCAAUCCCGCCUUUCGGCUCCGCAUGGUCGACGGUACCUCCCCUAGUAUCGAGGGCGAAGGGCACGGAUUAGUGGUCACCAUCGCGGGAGAUUCCUCUCAACGUUCUCUCUAUCCACAAUAUGGACGCUGA